CUAAUUCCCAUUGGAAUGAAACGAGUCCUUGCCGCUGAUUCCGCACACCAGGACGCCUUGUUAGGUUUUGUCAGUUGUUUGCCUCCCUGAGAUCGCUUGAGAAUUCAGAUGCACCUAAAGAAUCGCUGCUUCUGUUAGGAAUCGUCCCGCCAUGACUUUCCCUCAGGAAUUCCAGACCUUUGUCUUCCUUGACAUCGAAACAACCGGCUUGCCCCGCGACCAGCCCUGUGUGGCUGAGCUGAGCCUCUUUGCAGUGAACCGUCAUUCCCUGCAGCGCCCUGCCCCAUAUUUGUCGCAGCCUCCAUUGCUGCCUCGCAUUUUGGACAAGCUCACUCUCUGCGUUGACCCCCAGAAGCCUUUCACUGCAAAAGCGGAGGAGAUCACUGGACUGAGCAACCGGACCUUGGAGGAGAAUUGCAAACCAGAUUUCAACAGUGCCAUCGUGGAGGCCUUGAGGGCGUUCCUGGACCGGCAAGCUCGCCCGGUCUGCCUGGUGGCCCACAACGGCCUGGGCUUUGACUUUCCCCUGCUACGGACAGAGCUCUGGAAGGUGGAUGCUGACCUGCCCCCAGACACCGGCUGCCUGGAUACGCUGCCAGCCCUGAAGGAACUGGAUAAAGCAACAAAUCAGAGCUACCGGCUGGGAGAGGUGUUCCGGCGCAUCUAUGGUCAGGAACCAGUUGGAGCCCACUCAGCGGAAGGGGACGUGCUCACUCUUCUCUUGGUGUUCCUUGCUAAAGCCCCCGAGUUGAUGGCCUGGGCAGCCGUCAAUGCCCGUAGCUGGGGAGAGAUAAAACCAAUGUACCCGCCCAGUCCAGUCAGCCGCAGAAACUGAUGCCAAAUCCCAGCCAGAAUGAACCAAUAAUGCUUUGUAUCAUGUAGCCUGUGGGUGUGUAAAGUGCCAUCAAGUUCUAGCUGACUUAUAGUGACCCCGUAGGGUUUUCAUGUCAAGAUGUUCAGAGAUGGUUUGCCUUUGCCUGCCUCUGUGUGUAACAACCCUGGACUUCCUUGGUGAUCUCCCAUCCAAGUGCAAACAAGGGCUAACCCUGCUUAGUUUCUGUGAUCUGACGAGAUUGGGCUAGCCUGGGCCAUCCAGGUCAGGGCAGUCGCCCACUAUAUAGGGCUGUUCGCCAGGCUGGCGACUUGCAGUGGCCUCAGAAGUUGGUGCUGGAAGAAUGAGACUCAGCUCUCCUUCUCUGACAGCCCAGUCUUGUGUCAAGCUAUUCCGACCGAAGCCCAUCAAAAUCAGUGGUCUUUAGAGCCAAGCUACAAGUGAC